AACGAAAGAGUAACCUUUCAGCGAGAGAUUUUGAUUUUCGCGAUUUUCUUAUUUUGAUCUUUCAGUGAAACGAAAUUUUGUUUUUCAGCAUGCUGCAGAGCUGCUUAGAUUGCAAGAAGCUAACGAUGAGCAAACGAGAAAUUUCGCAAAGCUGCGAUAUUUAGCGUAUUUACGGACUCAGCAAAGCCACCAGUGUCCGAUAUGCUUGUCGCUUCUUACGGAUUCCUGGAUGAUCUAUCCGUGCAUGCAUUUCGUCUGCAUUCGUUGCUUCAAUAGACUUUCCAGACGCGUUUCCCAGCAUGCUGCAGAGCUGCUUAGAUUGCAAGAAGCUAACGAUGAGCAAACGAGGAAUUUCGCAAAACUGCGAUAUUUAGCAUAUUUGCGGACUCAGCAAAGUCACCAGUGUCCGAUAUGCUUAUCGCUCCUUACGGAUUCCUGGAUGAUCUAUCCCUGCAUGCAUUUCGUCUGCAUACGUUGCUUCAAUAGGCUUUCCAGACGGUAA